GGAACACAUGAUUUGUAGAUCAGAGCUCAGACUAGUCUCAGGUACGAGGAAGUCAAACACAAAUCGUCUGUGAGACUGAGAGGAGAAAUGGCGCAGCAAAGAAAUCAGCUGGAUUUACAGGAACUCUCUUGUUCCAUCUGUCUGGAUCUCCUGAAGGAUCCGGUCUCUACUUCCUGUGGACACAGCUACUGCAGGGACUGUAUUGAAGCCCACUGGGAUACAGAGGAUAGGAUGAAAACCUACAGCUGCCCUCAGUGUCCGAAGACUCUCAGGCGCAGGCUUGUCCUGCAGGAAAACGUCACGUUGGCAGGUUUAGUGGAGAAGGUGAAGAAGACCAGACUCCAAGCUGCUGCUGCUGAUCACUGCUAUGCUGGACCUGAAGAUGUGGCCUGUGAUGUCUGCACUGGGAGGAAGAGGAAAUCUGUCAAGUCCUGUCUUGGCUGCCUGAUUUCUUACUGUGAAAAUCACCUCCAAUCUCACUAUGAUUCAUCUAAAUUAAAGAAACACCAGCUGGUGGAACCCUCCAAGAACCUCCAGGAGAACAUCUGCUCUCCUCAUGGUAAGAUGAUGAAGAUUUUCUGUCGCACUGAUCAAGAGGUGAUCUGUUAUCUCUGCACCAUGGAUGAACAUAAAGGACAUGAAAGCAUCUCAGCAGCAGCAGAAAGGAAGAAGAAGCAGAAGAAGCUGAAGGUGAGUCGACUAAACAUCCAGCAGAGAAUCCAGGACAGACAGAAAGACGUGAAGAUGCUUCAACAGGAGCUGGAGGCCAUCAGAGUCUCUGCUGAUAAAGCAGUGGAGGACAGUGAGGAGAUGUUCACCCACAUGAUCCGUCUCCUCCAGAAAAGAGGUCGAGAUGUGGAGCAGCAGAUCAGAUCCCAGCAGAAGACCGAAGAGAGUCGAGUCAAAGAGCUUCAGGAGAAGCUGGAGCAGGAGAUCAGAGAUCUGAAGAGGAAAGACGCUGAGCUGAAGCAGCUCUCAGAUACACCAGAUCACAGCCAGUUCCUCCACAACUACCCCUCAGUGUCAGCACUCAGUGAGUCCACACACUCAUCCAGCAUCAUCAUCCGUCCUCUGAGACACUUUGAGGACGUGACAGCAGCUGUGAAGGAGCUCAGAGAUAAAAUACAGGACAUUCUGAGGGACACAUGGACAAACAUCUCACUGACAAUCACUGAAGUGGAUGUUCUACUGCCACAACCAGAACCAAAGACCAGAGAUGAGUUCUUAAAAUAUUCAAGAGAAAUCACUCUGGAUCCAAACACAGCAAACAGACGUCUGGAAUUAUCUGAGGGGAACAGAAAAGCAACAUUUAUGGUUCAACCACAGUCUUAUCCUGAUCAUCCGGACAGGUUCACUGAAUGUCUUCAGGUCCUGAGUAAAGAGAGUCUGACUGGACGUUGUUACUGGGAGGUGAAGUGGAGAGGAGGAGAAGGAGAAGAAGAAGAAGAAGAAGAAGAAGAAGAAGGAGAAGGAGAAGAAGAAGGAGAAGAAGAAGGAGAAGGAGAAGAAGAAGAAGGAGAAGGAGUUUAUGUAGCGGUCGCAUACAAGAGCAUCUGCAGAGCAGGAGGGUUCGAUGAAUGUGGAUUUGGACAAAGUGAUAACUCUUGGGCUUUACAUUGUGACAUCGACGGUUAUGAAUUUAGUUACAACAACAUCUCCACUCCCGUCUCUGGUCGUCAGUCCUCCACAAUCGGAGUCUAUCUGGAUCACAGAGCAGGUCUUCUGUCCUUCUACAGCGUCUCUAAAACCAUGACUCUCCUCCACAGAGUCCAGACCACAUUCACUGAACCUCUACAUGCUGGAGUUUAUCUUUAUACUGGAACCACUGCAGAGUUCCUUAAACUCAAAUAGAGUAACUCCAGCAUCUGAGGGUUGGCUCAUGUUCAGCCCUGAUCUAAGUUCACGACCUACAGUUUACUUCUGUAGUUGCAGCAUUAAUUAGUCACAUGAUGAUGGAACUGAUUGAUUCUCUAAUGUUUCAUUCAUUUUUAAAUCUGCCUUCAGCUUCUGAAACAUUGAUUUUAUUUUUCAUAUCUGACAAGAAACUGAAUGUUUUGUGGGUUUUGGAUUCAAACUGUUGAAUUGUUGAACUGUGGGGGAUUCAAAUAUUUGUUUGUUUUAGUAUUUUCAGACAUUUGAAUGAUGAACUGAAGUCCUGUAAUCCAUAGUUUCAUCAGUUCUGUUUGAUAUUUCCUGUGACAGCUGAGAUUAUUGUUGAUAAACAAGCAGUUUGUCUGAAUGGAUUUGAGUCUAUGUUUAAUGUUUGUGUGAAUUUAUCAUCUAAAAGUAAACAACAGUGAACCGCUGAGUGUUGCAGCUUUUGAACAUCAACAAACAGAAAACAUGCAUCUAUAUCAGCCUGACACAUGAACUCACUAAAUUCACAUUUUAUUCUUUGCUUUUUAUUGUGAAUAUUUCCAUGUUUUCACAUUUUACCUUCUCAGAAACUAUUUUACAACUUAAGUGUUGAAGGAAAAUGUAACAGUGAAUGACUUUUAAUGUCCUUCUAAAUCUGAUUUGAAUUCAUGUUUCUUCAAUCUAAUGUUAGUGAUGCAUUUAUGGAAGCAGCUGAGGAGAUAGAAAAACCAGCUUUUUAUUUAAAUGUGUGCUUCAUUUCUCUUCCACAGGGAUAUUUGUACAGAAUGUGUUGGAUCUGUAUUUUAUUGUGGAUUUUCUGGUUGAAACUAAUGAUAUUUUAUUGCAGUUAGCAGUCAUUUAAUAAUCUGACUUGGUGAUUUUUAAAAUUUAGUUGGUGUGUUUUGUUUUGCUUCUAAACUGUCGACAAACUUGUGAUUCAGUUUCAUGUUAAUCUGCAGAUAAACAACAAUUAAUUAAUAGCGCCUGGAUUCCGUCCUUGAUGCUUUAAUUAUACGUUGCAAUGAUUAUUCUAUAUUUGAUAUUGUUAUUUUUUCUCCUGUAAACUGUAUUAAAGGGGUUAAUGUUCCUUCA